AAAGUAACUUAGGCUCAAGCCCAAUAGCCACGAAAGAGAUAGAGACCACAGUUUCAACUAUCAGGGUUUUGGACUCCGCAUAACAACCAAACCAAAAAACCCUACACCUAUCUCAACAAUUCCGUUCACUAAAAUGGCCUCCACCGCCGCCAGAUCAAUAUUCCGAUCAUCUUCUUCAGCCAGAUCAGCGUUUCGCGUCGCAUCGGAGGCAAAACCAGCUCGUUCUCCAUUCCGCACCGCCUCCACUAAACCUCCCUCGCCAUCACAAUCCACAUUCAGGUCCCCUGUUGAAUUGAGUUUUUGCGUGGAAUCCAUGAUGCCUUACCACACGGUCACUGCUUCUGCGCUCAUGACAUCUAUGCUUUCCAUUUCAAGCCGCAACUACGCGUGGCUUUCAGAAGGUAGCUAAGCAUCUCUAGGAUUCCUUGAUGUUCUUUCUACAAUUAUUUUUUCGGGCCUAAAGACUAUUUGAAGAGCAGGAAGCAAAGGUGGAUGCUGAAACUUCCUGUGAUAUUUUGAGCUUUAAACCAAAGAUUUUGUUGCUACUAGGAAUAAUUUUUAUGUAACUAAUUAUUUGAUAUUAUUUAGGCUUUUAGUGCACAGUUGUGUGCUCCUGAAUUUGAUUGUCAUGCAGAAUGUCUCUUAAUUUACACUGGGAGUUAUCUUAUUCUCUCUCAAUCUUUCUCUAUAUGAAUAAUAUUUUCCAGUGUUUGUGCCUCUUGAAAACUAUCAUCAUUUAUCUAGAAUUGGAUAAGAACA